AUGGCGGCUCCACCAAAGGCCGUUCGCACUAUGGAGGAGUGCGACCGGAUACUCACACAACCGGGUGCACCUUGGGAGAUGGUCGAGCGCGUCGUCCACGGACGCACGAUCCGCGUGUGGAAGAAUACUCCUCCUCACUUUCGCGCGUUCAUCAAGACUGCUCUGCAAAAGCAUUGGGACGGUGUCUGGAUAUCAUCGCCCACUCCAAGCCCUGACCCCGCGGCGUAUUAUGACCGCGAGCACUUCACUUUUGGGGACAUUUACAACAAGGCCGUCGACCUCGCGGCUUGGCUCCGUGGCUAUGGCGUGCGGCAGGGGACUCGGGUCGGUCUCGGAGGGGCGAACAGCACUGGCUGGAUUGUGAGCUGGGUGGCGAUCCACCUCCUUGGCGCCGUCCCGGUGGUUCUCAACGCUACUCUUGUCGUCGAGGCCCAGAUCCACUGCCUGGCCAAGACACGCCCCAUGGUCGUCCUCCUCGAUGCAGAGCUGGCAGAGGUUCUCGGUCCCCAUAAAAACAUCCUCAGAGCCAAGAGGGUUGGCAGGAUGUACUGCUGGGAAAGUAUCAAACAUUACCCAACACUGGUAAAGAAGGGUGUGAAGGUGGGUCUCAUCCGCGAUGUUGAGAGUGGCGCUGCGCUCGAGGACCUUGGACCUGAUAGUGACGCUGUUAUCUUCUUCACGUCGGGCACAACUAACAUGCCCAAGGCAGUUCUCUCGACCCAGCAGGCGGCCCUUCACAAUGUCGUCUCUGGCAGCCUUGGCGGUGCCCGUGCUGUUCUUCGCAAGGGCGGCGACCUGUCUAUGCUUGUUCCCUCGCCAAAGCAGUCGGCCAUUCUUGUCGCCGUUCCCAUGUUCCAUGUCACGGGCUCCCUUGCCUGGUUCUGCCGCUCUCUCAACAUUGGCGCCAAGUGUGUGUUCAUGCGCAGAUGGAAUGUCGGGGACGCCAUCAACCUCAUCCAGUCAGAGAACAUUAAUGUUAUCGGAGGUGUUCCCGCGAUCGUGACUGCCAUCUACCAGUCGCCAUCAGUGCCAAAGGAUACCAAGUUUGACUUCAUCUCGUACGGCGGCGCGCCAGCCGCCGAACGCAUGUCGCACGACCUUCGUUCACGCUGGCCCAGCGCUUCCAUUGCACAAGGGUAUGGCAUGACAGAAGCGAACGGCGUCCACUGCGGUAUCUCGGGCGACGACUACGUCAGCCUUGGAAGCUGUACGGGCCCACCACUCCCUAUCAGUGAGGUGCGCAUCACGCACCCCAAGACGCGCAAGGUCCUCCCGCCGCAUACGAUGGGUAUUAUCGAGCUGCGUGGAUCCAACAUUAUGAAGUGCUACGUUGGCGAGCCAGCUACCCUUGACAAGGACGGGUGGCUCAACUCGGGCGACAUGGGCAUGCUCGACGACGAGGGGUGGCUCUACAUCCAGGACCGCGCCAAGGACAUUAUCAUCCGCGGCGGCGAGAACAUUGCCUCAGCCGAAGUCGAGAACGCCAUUGCGCUCGACGACCGCAUCGCCGAAGUGGCUGCAGUGCCCGUCCCUUGCCCUGUGAUGGGCGAGCGGGUGGGAGUCGCAGUCUCCCUUGCGCCUGGGGUGCAGGCGACAGAGAAGGAGAUCAUGCAGGUUGCGGCGCCUCGUCUUAGAUCACCGGCUCGACCAGUCAUCGUCCUCGUAUCGAGGGAGCCCCUGCCGCGCAACGCCAGUGGCAAAAUCCUCAAGAACGACGUCAAGGCCCUCGUGCAUGAGAUGUGGAAGCGCGAGAACCGGACAGCGCAAUAUGUGCGUGCGAAACUGUAG